AUGGAGAAUAAAACCAGAAAAGAAGAAAUGGACAGAGAAAAAGAUGCAAAAAAGAAGAAGCGUAAACGUGAUGUUAGAAGGAGGAGUGUCAACAGAGCGUGUAAU